CUGCCCGUCCAUCCACAAAGUCGACGAGAUCGACAAGGACGCGACGCUCGUCAGUUGGAACAGGGUGCACGAAUACGUGCUGGACAAGCUGGACUACACGAGCCUCAAUGACACGAGCCUGCUCGCCGAAGAGCUGCUGACCCAGCUCCAGGACAUCGACGGGGACGUCAAGGAGGUGAUCGCGAGGCCACUUCGGACUUGGCGGUUUCUGAGGAAGUCUCGGCUGACGCCAAUGCUGCGGGGAGAAGUGACGGCCAAUGCCGGUGGCGACUACGACUUCGCAAAGACCUUCAAGACCCUGCUGACCAUAUUUCCCUCGGAAGCUUUGUCCGAGCUCCACAACAGGCCCAAGCGGGAGCGAGCCCUGUUCGAGGACGAGGCUGACCACAUCGUCGACGACUACGAGACUGGUGGAGAAUAUGAUGAGACAUCAGAAGUGGUCGAGCAGCUGAUCAGCUUGGCAGGCGAGGAAGAUGAUUAUGAGGGAACAGCUGACGACCAGGAAGCGGACAACGAGGUGUUCGCACGGCUUCGACACGCGGGACGGAGCUUCAAGGACGGCGCGAGACCUGAUCCGUCGACUGCGAGC